AGACCAUCUAGGUCCCAAGGCACUUUCAGGGCACUUUAGGGACAUAUAUAUCCACGGUUCCUCCUGGGCAGCACCAUGCGGUCCCUGUGGCUCAGCUGGGCACUCUGGGUGCUGCCCCUGGCCGGCCCUGGGGCAGCAGUGACUGAGGAGCAGGUCCUGAGCAGUCUACUGCAGCAGCUGCAGCUCAGCCAGGCCCCCAUCCUGGACAGAGUGGACGUGAAGGAAAUGGCCAUCCCUACCCAUGUUAGGUCCCAGUAUGUGGCCCUGCUGCAGGGAAGUCACGUGGACCGCUCCCGAGGCAAGAGGUUCAGCCAGAACUUUCGAGAGGUGGCAGGCAGGUUCCUGGUGUCAGAGACCUCCAGUCACCUGCUAGUGUUCGGCAUGGAGCAGCGGCUGCCGCCUAACAGCGAACUGGUGCAGGCCGUGCUGCGGCUGUUCCAGGAGCCUGUACCCAGAACAGCUCUCCGGAGGUAUGAGAGGCUGUCUCCACAUAGUGCCCGGGCUCGGGUCACCAUCGAGUGGUUGAGAGUCCGUGAGGACGGCUCCAACCGCACUGCCCUCAUCGACUCCAGGCUCGUGUCCAUCCACGAGAGCGGCUGGAAGGCCUUCGACGUGACCGAGGCGGUGAACUUCUGGCAGCAACUGAGCCGGCCGAGGCAGCCGCUGCUGCUCCAGGUGUCGGUGCAGAGGGAGCAUCUGGGACCGGGGACCUGGAGUGCACACAAGUUGGUUCGGUUCGCGGCGCAGGGGACGCCAGAUGGCAAGGGACAGGGAGAACCACAGCUGGAGCUGCACACGCUGGACCUCAAGGACUACGGAGCUCAAGGCAAUUGUGACCCCGAAGCACCAGUGACUGAAGGCACCAGAUGCUGUCGCCAGGAGAUGUACCUGGACCUGCAGGGGAUGAAGUGGGCUGAGAACUGGAUCCUAGAACCGCCAGGGUUCCUGACUUACGAAUGUGUGGGCAGCUGCCUGCAGCCACCGGAGUCUCUGACCAUCGGGUGGCCAUUUCUGGGGCCUCGGCAGUGUGUUGCCUCAGAGAUGACCUCCUUGCCCAUGAUUGUCAGCAUGAAGGAGGGAGGCAGGACCAGGCCUCAAGUGGUCAGCCUGCCCAACAUGCGGGUGCAGACGUGUAGCUGUGCCUCCGAUGGGGCGCUCAUACCCAGGGGGAUAGAUCUGUAGUCCCCACGUCCACAGUGUUAUUCUCAGUGAGCUAGCUACCUUGUCCUAACUUAGUGCCCACAUUUUACCUUUUCCCUACAGGCUCUCAUGACUUGGUUUCCUUGUCCAUCACACAGCUUAAGCACUUACAUGAGUAAAUCACGUCACUCCAGUAGGACACCCAACCCCACUUAGCAGAGGACAUGGCUACGCAGUGAACAGGUUUCCCAGCUGAGUCUGUUUUCUGGCCAAUUCUCAACUAAGUGUGCCACAAAACCCUAUGGUGAGACCAGGGGAAUCAAAAGCCAGUUUACUCUCACACAGUGAUUGCUGGGGAUAGCAUACCAUGACAGGGGCUGCCCACAGCAGGCUGGGAUGCAGAUGUCUCAGAAGCCUGAGGCAGCUCCUUGUUAAAAAAAAAAAAAAAGCAGUUGUUCCCAUUUCUCCUGACCUUAGCCCUGGACAAUGACUGUAUAGAUUUCAUUUGUGUGUGACUGCUUUUCAGCUGGCCUUGGUGUGCAUAAUUAUUCUAUUAUGUAUGACUUUUCUACUUCCUUCUCCUGCUCUGGUGAAUUCUGUGAAACUGGAUGUUCCUCGAUGUAAUAAUUCUUAAACAAUUAAAAAUUGAGGCACAGGGCACAGCACAGCACAGUCCUAAUGGCCCAGGUGCAUGCUGUGUGUUCUCAUCUGGGAAACAAUGCAGUAACUGCACAAUGGUAGUUCCAGAUUAAUGCGUGACUUGCAAAGAGAGUUUGAAGGGUUUAUUAGAAAAUGAAACAGAGCCAAUACUAGGACCUCAAGAAAGGAAAAAAUCUAUUGAAGUUAUGAAGUAAGUUUUGCACAACAUUUAAGAGUGGUUUCUGGAUAAGGAAGUAUAGAAUACAUAAAAUCUUAUACUAGUAAAACUAAGUCAAAACACUGGGACCCUUAGGAGAGUCACUGUGUGCAAUGCACAGAAGUAGAAAUCUAGUGGAACUGCUGAGUUAAGGGUUAAUUUGACUCUUUCUGGCCACUGCCUGGCAGCUUUGCCCAAGUCAUUUAUCAUUAAAGCUUCACAGGAAAUGCUAGUAGCUGACCUCGGAGCUCUGAGCUCUAAACUAUAAUAAGUCAAAAGUUAAAGUUUAAAUAAUAAGUUUGCAAUUGUUAUUAUUAUUUUGGCCACAGGCCUGGGAAUAGGGGAAGCUUGAAACUUUGGGGAACAUUUGUAAUUCUUGAUUCGUUGUGGGACGGGAUUAUUCUUUUGAAUUUGAUUUGGCAAGGAUUAUACAAUGCUUUUUUUUUUCUACCUGCUUUUGGAGUAUCAAUAAAAGACUGGAGCAAGAAAAAGG